AUGGCCUCCAUCUCAGCGAUCACCUGCAUCUACUUGACCAUCAUCCUGCAUAAUGAUGAGGUGAUGCAGGUCAGGGAAGAUAAGAUGAAUGCCUUCAUUAAAUCACCUGGUGUAAAUGUUGACCCUUUCUGGCUGAACUUGUCUGAGAAGUCCCUGGCCAAUGUCAACAUCAGGAACCUCAUUUGCAAUAUUGGGGCUGGUGGAUCUGCCCUGGUAGCUGGUGCUGCACCAGCAGGAGGUCCUAUUUCCUCCACCAUUGCUGCCCCAGCUGAGAAGGAGGUGGAAGCGAAGAAAGAAGAAUCUGAGAAAUCUGAUGAUGACACGGGCUUUGGUCUUUUUGACCACACUUCUUCUGUAACCUGUUCAAUAAAAAGCUGA